CAACAUACUACCGUCCUCAAUUCUCCCAUCCUUUGCUUUUACAAACCUAAAAGUGUGCCUUCCAACGCCGAAAAUGCCUGAGAAACAAGCACGUCGCGUACUGAUCGUUGGGGCUGGGUCCUUGGGACUAGUUAUUGGGUACAUUCUUACUCAAGCAAAUGUCGAUGUGACAUACCUGAUCCGACCUCACGGAGCAGAAAACCUCAAUCGACCACAGCUACUCUACUCUUUCCACGAUAACAAACUGAGGAAGUUCGACAAAUACAAAUUUAUUACAAACCCACAGGAUUUGUUGACUGGAACGAGCUACGAUUUCAUCAUAAUCACACUCGAUGGUCACACCUUGAAGACCGAGACUGGAUUGGACUUGGUAGACACUAUAGCAAAUGCAGCCAGAGGGACUGCUACUAAGGUCUUACUACUCCUCGGACUAAUUGGCGUGAGAUCGUGGUUGUUAAACCGUACAGGUCUUAGAGAGGACCAAGUGGCUGCGGUUGUCUCAUUUAUUCAUUCAUACGCGCCUAAGAAGGUUGCACUGCCAAUACACAACGGUGUUGAUCCAAAGCUGCUACAACAGGCUGAUCAAGCAUACGUCGAUAAAGCCGGUCCUGGGUUGACAAUUGACAACAGUACACCUGCACUGGCUGAGGAGUUUUCUCAGCUAUGGAAUGCCAGUGGGCUUUCACAGUGUGCUAUUGCCCCCCCUGUACAGAUCGACGCCAUGGUAGCCCCUAUCUACGUUAUUAUAGCUGUCUCUGAUCUCUUAGACUGGCCAAGCUACGAUGACAUUGAUAUCCAGGGAGACCUUUGGACCCUAGGGAUUCAGGCAAUCAAAGAAAUACUUGGGCUUAGUACAUUUGGACAGGUUGGCGAACAGGCCAUUGCCAUAACUACUGCUGCAAGUGUUAGGGAUCAGUUUUUGGGGCUACAGAAGGCAAUGUAUCCACUCGACUGGUUGGCGUUCAAUAAAUACCACCACGGCGGCAAGGUCAAUGCUCAAGAUCGGGACAUACUACGGAACUUCAUUUCCCAGGGCGAGGCCGAGCAUAAAGCGAUGCACUCAACAAAGGAGUUGUUGAAGAAAUUGGAGGAGCGCAAACGUUGAAUUGGGGCUGUUCUAGUAUGCGGAUAUAGACAUAAGCAAAUGACCACGGUGUUUGAAUCAAAAAGCGCCAAGCAUUAGCUGUUCUUUUAUCAAGCCUCGGUGAUACAACCUUCUUGAUAUCUGUUCAUGUAAUCAACCACAUUGGUGCAUACAAGCCUGGCCAAAAGCUGCUUGAAACUAUGCGAG